CCUCACGCAAAUUGCGAUGCAGGCGCUUUUGGAAACCGAGAGGCGAAUCCUUCGUGUUCUUGAUGGAGUCCUUCAAGAAGCUAAUCCGCGGAAGCAGCCCACAGGUGAUCUUCACGGACACAGAUCAGUCAGAGAUGUCGGCCAUCGCGCAGGUCUUUCCGGGGGCGCUUAACAAGCUGUGCUACUGGCACACGGAGCAGAACGUGAAGGAGCAUGGGAAGGGACUUCCGCAGGCUGUCAUCCAGGGAGUGCUGCGAAAGUUCAAGGCAGCGGCAUACGCGCCAACGGUCGGGACUUUCUUCGAGGCAAAAACGGAGCUCCUCGCGAUGUUGGACCCUGAGAGCAGAAUGUAUAAGUACAUGGCAGGAGACAUCUUUAGCCCAGGGCGGGCUGGCAGGUGGGCGGCAUUUGUCCACCCUGGGCUUCACACCCUCGGCAUUGCCUCCACGCAGCGGGUGGAAUCCAUGAACUGCGCCUUCAAGAAGCUGGUGACCAGGACGGGAGACUUGUUCGACCUUGACCGUGCCAUCGUAGGCAAGGUUAGCGAUGGCAAGAUCAAGGCCGAAAGGCGAAGUGAGGGGGGAAACACUCCCCGCGUGCCGAUAUCGAGGCACAAGUCGCCGGCUGAGGUCAUGAAAGAGAAGAUCCGUGGUUAUUUCAGCUUCAUACCGGCGGCGAUGGCCCACGAGCGAUGCAGCACUAACGCAAAGGAGGACGCUGGGGUCAUGAUUGACGCGUGUGUGUUGCACAAAACGAAGAUUAUCGCGACUGGUGAGGCGGACGUGCGGCGCUACUCGACGUUUUCGUUGAAGGUCUGACGAAGGUGAACCUGAUGAUCGACACCAAC